AUGGCAGAAGGGAGUCGGAAACAGACGGGUGUUAAUAUGGAAAAGGUGGAAAAGUUGCUAACCUACAUUGCCAGAAAAAUCGAUGAACAAAGACCUAGCAACGUAAUAUACUUCAUAAUCGAUAUCCUAACCAAACAUUAUCCUAACCAUUUCUCAUCCUACCUUUCUGUGUGGAAAAUAGACGAGGAAUUGGAAUGUGAAAAGCAGAACGUAAGAGAUUUCUUCAAACACUUCAAUUCAUCAUCGGAGAUAGGACAACACUUCAUCAACGCGGGUUUUGAUAGCUUGGAUUCACUUUGUUGUUUAACACCAGACACAAUUGAUGAUAUUGAAGCGUACAAUGAUGCACACUGGCUGCCUGGGCACAAAGUCAGAGUGCAUCAAAUCUUUAUGAAUAUCGUAGAAAUGGUGGGAGAGUAUAAGGAAAUUUUGCGCCAAAAAUAUUUGCGCCAAACCUAUCCAGAUGCUUUCUCGCAAACCAAGAUGGUUCCAAAAGGCUUUUUGCCCUCCCCUCAUUAUAAAACAAACGAUUUAACUGAAAAGGGUGGAAUAUGUAACCAAGUUGCCUCUGGUCAUAUUUCCCCAGGUCAUAUAUCCCCUGGACAUUUGUCCCCUGGUCAUCACACACGUGGACGUCUAACCCAAGGUCAUAAUAUGUCACCCGGUGGAUAUACCCCUUAUAGUGAAGAUUUGACUACCAUUAAUAUGCACAAGGGUGGAUAUGAUAGUGUGUUGAGUAAGAUUCCUUCUACACAAAUGGCCAAGAGGAGCUAA